GGAGGGGACGGGGCGGGGGCGCCGCGCCGCGCCGUGCCGCCAGCCCGCUCACACCGCCGCCGCCCGCGGUGCCCGCGCCAUGCACGGCUCGCCCUGCCCGGGGAUGGGCGAUGCGGCCGCGGUUGACAUUGUGGACAUCUACGAGUCCAUCCGAGAACGGCAGCGCCACGACAGCGAGAGGUCUUCCUGCGGCACCUUGGAGCAGAAUGACAUCGAAGCUGUCGAAGCCCUUGUUUGCAUGAGCUCCUGGGGGCAAAGAUCGCAGAAGGGUGACCUAUUAAAGAUAAGACCCCUUACGCCCUUCUCGGACUCUGGCGAUUUCACAAUGCACGCAGAGGCUACUUCUGAGUUACCAAAGGACUAUUUAUCCACGCUGUGCAUGACCCCGCCGCACAGCCCGGACUUUGUUGAGAUGUCGGCCGCGAUGCUCCUCUCCUCCCAAGUCACUUACUCCAAGCCGAGGACUGUCAUGGCAAAUACGGCCACCUGCUCACUCACUUCCACCACCGACGCGUCCCCCGUAAGCAAGCCGUCCGUUAUAAGCGUGGAGAGUCGAGUGGCCGAGCCCUCUGCGCCGCAGCCGUGCCGGGCCAUGGCCACAAGCGUGAUCCGCCACACGGGCGAUAGCUCUGCUUACCACCACCUUCCUGCCCCGCACGAGAAGACACAGGCGGCGUCGGGCUGCGGUGCUUCCGCCGAGUGGUGCGGAGCAGCUGACCGAAGACAUUCCAGACCGCCCCAGGACGCCUGUGCUGCUGCUGAUGUCACCAACAAAACCUCUCCGGUGCACCGACCCCAUGCACGUGACUGCGGUGAUCCCGCGACCAAUAAAGGGCAGCUUCCAGCUGGCCCCGCUUCGCCACAGCAACACGUACCAAAGAACUGUGACAGUGACUUGCAAAAAAGAGCUACCCCGGUGACGCCCGCCCCUGUGUCGAGCCCCCAGGUUCUGUGUCAGAUUUCUGUCCCCUUGAGUAGGCAAAGCAGCAUGAUUAACGCCUACGUCAAACCUCCUGCUCCGACGGGCUCGACUCCGAUGAAACCCAUCCUACCGCAGACAGCCCCGCUUUCCCAGCCCGUGCUCAUGGGACCUUCCAUGCCUCAGGGGACUGUCAUGCUGGUUCUCCCCCAGCCUGCUGUCACGCAGGCACCACAGUGCCCGCAAACAGUCGUGACUGUGGGGAGCACCAAGUUACUGCCCCUUGCUCCAGCCCCCGUGUUCAUCGCUUCUGGGCAAAGCUGCACCCCCCAGAUGGACUUUUCUAGGCGGAGGAACUACGUUUGCAACUUCCCGGGGUGCAAGAAAACCUAUUUCAAGAGCUCCCACCUCAAAGCCCACCUCCGCACCCACACUGGAGAAAAGCCUUUCAGCUGCAACUGGGAAGGCUGUGACAAGAAGUUUGCCCGCUCGGACGAACUGUCCCGCCACCGUCGAACUCACACGGGAGAGAAGAAGUUCGCGUGCCCCGUGUGCGAGCGUCGCUUCAUGCGCAGCGACCACUUGACGAAGCACACCCGCCGCCACAUGACCACGAAGAAGAUCCCCAGCUGGCAGACAGAGGUUGGCAAACUGAACAGAAUCGCCACGGUGGAGAAACCGAAAAGCAGCGGCAGCGCUCUCAGUAUGCUCAUCCCCGUGCCGUCAUCUGUCUGCCAGGGGUAGCCUGAGAGAGCGCCGCCUCCACCAGCCUCCUGAAAAUCAGGAAGGGCUCUGCUGGCUGCAAGGGAACUGACAGUGCGACCCUCCUCCCCGAGCGUGUCUGUGCACACUUCAGCUUCCUUCUUUUUAGGUCCUCGGUUAAUAAUGCUAUGUGAGAAAUCUGGCCUGUCUUUCCUCAUCCCUUCCCUAUGUGUUGUUUUUUUUUCCAUUUUGGGGCAAAUGCAAUCACCAGCACUUCAGGAAAGCAGAACUCUUUUUGAAAUGAUUUUGGCAAUAGCUUAAAAUGUCACUUGUAAUGCUUGCUGUUAAUAUUCUGAUGGACAGUGAAACAGGGUGAUUUUUAAUUUUUAUACUAGUGUUUUCUAUACCAAAUAUAUUUUGUAUUUAUUCAUUUUGGUCUCGGUAUGCAGGCAAAUUACUUGACCUGCAUUAGUAGGGGUGUGCAGGAUGAGACCCAGGGCUUUGGAAACUAUUUUUCAGGAAGCCUCAAGAAACGCAUUCAGAGCAUUUUGUAAACUCAUAAUGUUUGAAAACUCAGUGUUUGGGAUUCUCACACUUGGGGAUCCCGCUCCUGCAGCGGGCUGGUGCUGUUACACCCUCCUUGUGCAGUUGGCAUUGGAGGUUUGAGAAUUUGAGAUAUAAGUGUGUCAUUGUUUCAAAACACAACAGAAUGAUUGCAGAAUAAAAGUCUUGAGGAUUUCAGCCUCACCCAAGUUCAUACCCUUUGCGAGUGGGAGAUGCUGUGACUUUUGGUAAAGCUCGAUGUGCUGGGCCUUCCCGAGUCCACGCUCCACCUCAGCAAAGCUGGGAGGAGCCAGACUGUUCUGACGGAUCUGCUCCAACGGAUGCAGAAGCACGAAUACUGUUGAGCAGCCUUGACACUAAAAAUGACCCUUUUGGUCCCACUAAACCAGCGUAUCAAAAUCUACUGAAAAAAUGCAAAAAGGGCAAGAUAACCUGUGAAUAAUUUGCUGGGUCUCCAGGGGUGGUUUUUUUUUGAAUACAGGAGAAACGAGAAAUUAAGUUUGUUAUGUAUUGUGGAUGCUUAUGCACCUUAUAGGAAACUGUUCCAGGCUUUCAUUUACCUGUAUCGAAGCACCAGAGGAAAUACUAAUCGUGUCUCAACUUAAAAAACAGCCACCGUGUCAACCCGAUGAUGCUCUCUAUGUGGCCUUAUACUCCCCCCAGUACUUUGUAUGAAAUCACCCUUUUCUAUUAAAUGGAAUACUCUCCCCGCUGAA